AUGCUCCUUGCAGGUGGAUCCCAGCCCCUGAGGCUCAUAUGCUUUUGGGGGAUGGUGCUGGCUUCAGAGAAGUUCAGCUGCCCAAGCACGUGUAGUUGUCAGUAUCUUGAAGUGAACUGCACAGGACAACAGCUGCAGGAGUUCCCUGCGACCAUCCCACUGGAUAGCAGGCAGCUCAUUCUGGCAACAAACAACAUCUCGCACCUUCCCCCAGUGGAAUUGAGCUUCCUCGCUGAUCUGGUCUAUCUGGACUGCCGGGAGAACCGCUUGGGGGACCACCUGGAUUUCACUUUCAUUGGCAUGGCCAAGCUUGUCUACCUGGACCUCAGCUUCAACCGCCUCACGCACGUCACCUUUAGCACUUUCUCACAGCUCAUCAGCCUGGUAGUGUUGAAGAUGUCGGACAAUCCCAGCCUUGUGCAGAUUGAGAAGGAUGCCUUUGCCAACAACACCUGGCUGAGGUAUCUGGAUGUGAGCCGGACUGGCUUACUAUUCCUGCACACCAGCACUGUUCGUGACCUGCGCCACCUGAGGUUUCUGGGGCUCAGUGACAACCCGUGGCACUGCAACUGUUCCUUCUUGGACUUCACCACCUGGAUGACAAAGACCAACAUUCAUUUUCCAGAUGCCGAGAACAUCACCUGCUAUGUGCCAGAAGGUCUACGUGGUUUGAAAAUGCCUGCAGUGCAGGUGCAGCUCCAGGCCAACUGCCUGACCCGACUGCACAAACAGGACUACAUCUUUCUGUGUCUCAUCGGCUUCUGUAUAUUUUCGGCCGGCACUGUGGCAGCCUGGCUGGCUGGCAUCUGUGCAGUGAUAUAUGAAGUCCACACAGCAAAGGGGGAGGAUGAGGAAGAGGAAGAGGAAGAAACAAUCACUUAG